UUACUACGUUGGCGUUUUAGAGGAUUUUGGGCAUCAGGGCCAGAGAGUCUUAAGGGGCCUCAGACUACGGCGGUUUCGUGAGCUAUCAGUGAGAGCUCGGGUGUUGCGGAGUGAGACAGAGAGAGAAAGAAAGGCUUGCUUUUGAACGGAUAGCUGUCCGCCAUGUGUGACGAUGAACAAGUAGCGCUGGUCGUUGACAAUGGCUCAGGCCAAGUCAAAGCCGGCUUUGCUGGCGACGACGCUCCACGAUCUGUUUUCCCUUCCAUCGUGGGUCGCCCUCGUCACCAGGGUGUGAUGGUCGGUAUGGGUCAGAAGGACGCCUAUGUGGGUGAUGAGGCUCAGAGUAAGAGAGGUAUUCUAACCCUCAAGUAUCCUAUCGAGCACGGCAUCAUUACCAAUUGGGACGACAUGGAGAAGGUCUGGCAUCAUACAUUUUACAAUGAACUUCGCGUUGCACCCGAGGAGUCCCCUGUCCUUCUCACUGAAGCCCCGCUGAAUCCAAAGGUCAACAGAGAAAAAAUGACCCAGAUCAUGAUCGAGACCUUUGGUGUCCCUACAACCUACGUAGCUAUUCAAGCCGUGUUGUCCCUGUAUGCCUCCGGUCGAACCACUGGCAUUGUUCUUGACUCUGGUGAUGGUGUGACCCACUGCGUACCCAUCUGGGAGGGGUAUGCACUCCCCCAUGCCAUCGGACGACUAGACCUCGCCGGUCGUGACAUCACGAUGUACCUGAUGAAGAUCUUGACAGAGCGCGGCUACUCAUUCACAACUACAGCUGAGCGGGAAAUCGUCAGGGACGUCAAAGAAAAACUCUGCUACGUUGCACUGGACUUCGAGAAUGAAAUGAACACGAGUGCGGCUUCGGCUGGCUUGGAUAAAUCCUACGAACUCCCUGACGGUCAGGUCAUUACGAUUGGCAACGAACGUUUCCGCGCACCUGAAUCCAUGUUCGUUCCUUCCAUGAUAGGAAUGGAAUCGAGCGGCAUUCAUGAUUUCAUUUACACGGCCAUCAUGAAAUGCGACAUUGAUAUUAGAAAAGAUUUGUAUUCCAACGAGGUUUUGUCUGGUGGCACCACUAUGUACCCUGGUAUUGCUGAUCGCAUUCAGAAAGAACUCACUACCCUAGCUCCCGCCACCAUCAAAAUCAAGGUCAUUGCCCCCCCAGAGAGAAAAUACUCUGUAUGGAUCGGGGGUUCCAUUCUGGCUUCCUUGUCAACCUUCCAGUCCUUGUGGAUCACCAAAGAAGAGUAUGAUGAAUCUGGCCCUGGAAUUGUUCAUCGUAAAUGCUUUUAAAUGCUGCAUGGUGUGAUAUGAAACACCGGCACCGCCACAAAAUUAAAAAAAAAGAAGCAUCACCAAUAGUCACACCACAUUUUGCAAGUAACCCGUAAGCAAAAGGGAAAUGAAGAGAGUGAUAAGUUCGAUCCUCAAAGGGAAGAAUAAUGAAGUUCUCUCCAAGUAAACAAACAAGGACGACUGCAAAUUCAGUUCAUGAAGGUAAAGGUAAAUGGAACAGGUCUUCCACGUCACUGAUACAUAUUCCAAAGAGUGAAACCAAUUAUAAAGUAUUGAUAUUGUACCUUACUAAGUGGUUGUGAUUACCAUUCGACGGUAAAACCGCAAGAAUAUUAAAAAUAUAAAUUACCUGCAAGGUAACGUCAUUCUGUUAAUGUCUCGCCCACUUUCCUGAGUCCUUGAGUGUCAUCUGUAUAUGAAUUUCUGUGAUUCAUUCAUUAUUUCUACAUUACUUUAAGGUUGAACUCCUUCAAUAAUUGGGGAAGCGCUCCCAUUUAUCUUCCUGUUGCUCUAGAGCCGAUAAAAAUAAAAGGUUAUUUUCUUGA